AGAACAAUCCAGAGAAGCAGAUUGCUCACCAGCGCUGCAGGCAGUGCUUUUCUACCAAGAUGCUUUCCUCAAACGCAAGGACCAGGCAGCUAAAUGGCACUUGUGCCAGCUCGGUGGACAUGGAGCUCUUCCUCCAUUACUCCCUCAUCCCAUCACUUUUCAUCAUUUUGGUCUUGUCCCUUCUCCAAAGACAAGAGCACCAUAGACAGAGAGAUGACGCUUCUUACCUCCUGGGGAACCGCUUCAGAAUGAUCAUACCUCUGGACUUCGUGGGUACUUUUCGUAACCGAUGGUCCUAUGGAGUAGCCUUUGGGGCUACAGCCAAUAAGGUCAUGUUCUUAUUCUCAGAAGGCUACCAGCCCCUGCAAGUCCCACAAUGGGCCCAAGCCUUUGUGCUUCUGAUCGGAGGCAUCGAAGUCGGCCUGUCCCACUUCCCCUUCUUUGCUUGCCUCUCGUCGGAGUUCCGGCUGGUCAGCUCCAUCCUGGGCUUCAGCUACUCUCUGAUCUGGUUUGCUGUCACCAUCCUUCACAUCACACAGUGUCCCCAUGGGCAGUUUGUGGGGAAGUAUGAGACUGUCAUGUUCUACUGGCCCUCACUGCUCUGCCUGGCCUUCCUUCUGGGCCGCUUCCUGUACAUGUUUGUCAAGUCUCUGAGGGUCCACCUGGGCUGGGAGCUCCAGAUGGAAGAAAAGCCUUUCCUGGAAGUUCACCAGGCAGAGCACGUCAAACAGCUCCUGAGGAAGUGCCCCCUGCAAGAGAGAGAAAAGUCUUGGUUCCAAACCAGGAUAUAUGAGUGGGACCCCUACUUUCAGUUCCCAAGCAGGAUGAUUGGAACCACUGUGUUGGCUUUCAUCUGCCUGUACCUUUUCAUUGUCAUUGAGUUCUGCAUGUUCGUGUAUGUGAGAGAUGAGCUGGAUGUAUUUGAAGGCGAACUGGAGAGCUACGUCGCCUCCAUGAACCAGACGGGGACGCUGACCCCAGUCCUCCUGCAGGUGAAAGAGCUGAUUAAUGUCACCAAAGGAGUCUGGGUGGUGACCAUCUUGCCUGCCUCCCUCACAUGUGUGAGCUACCUGUUUCACAUCUUGGCUUGUUACAGAAAGCAAAUGAAGAGGUUGUGGGCAGGAGAUAAACACUUUCUCCCUUUGAAGUUCCAUAAUCCUUCCUCGUCAGAGAGUGUGGUGGCCAUUGCAAGGUACUCUGGCUGGCAGAUAGCUUAUAUUCUGUGGGGCUACCUCAUCAUCCACGUGAUGCAGAGCCUGUGUGGCCUAGUGAUCAUGUACAGCCUGGUGCUACCUGUCAUCCACAGUCAGGCCCUGGAGAUGCUCCGAGGACUGGGCAUCGGGAUCCUCACCAUAUCCAUCGUCCUGGGCCUCAUGGUCCUGCAGGUAUGGAUCGCCGCCAGCUUCUUCCUGCAACCAAAGAUGGGAACAGCUGACAAGCAGAAGCCCUUGGCUCUCAACAACAGGAGAGCAUUCCACAACUUCAACUACUUUCUGUUCUUCUACAACGUGCUGCUGGGCCUGGGCGCCUGCCUCACCAGGCUUCUCAUCAGCUGCAUCCUGGGCACGUGGCUGAUCGCCCGCAUCGACAGGACCAUUCUGCAGAGUGGCUGUGAGAGAGCAGACAUGGGGUUCAGUGCGUGGAUUGGCAUGCUCUAUGUGGAUCAUUAUCACACCAACCCUGUGCUCGUCAGCUUUUGUCACAUCCUGAUCACAGGCCACAGAGAGAGGAGGCUGCAGCAGGCCAUCAAAUACUGGUACCUAAAUCAGUCAGCAGGUCCCCGCACCUCAGUGAGGUCCAGGACAAGGUGGCUCCUGCUGCAGACCCUGAUCAACAACCCCGGACUGGUCACGCUCAGAAAAUCAAGGCCAGGUCAUGGCUCCCAGGACUUUACCCAGAUUCUGUUGACGUGAUCGGAGAGUCUUAUGGUGGUGGGAGAGAAGGAAUCCACGAUCCCAGCCUCCAGUCUGUGCGUGGGGGCGGGGCCAACGGAGCUCCCGCCCCUCUGCGUUGCCUUGGAGACCAAGUGUGUCUGGUUGCAGCUGAGGUUGGACUUGAGUGGUGCUUUCUGCUGGUGCAGGGGUGUCCAGCCAGAGGCCAAGAUGUCCUCAGUGGGGAAGGUGACCCAAAUUCCCAGCGGGAAGGUCUACCAGCAGAUCUUCGAGGCUGAGGUACAGCUGGUCCACUCCCUGGCAUCCACCAGGAAGCGAGCUGUGGAGCGUUCCAUGGCCCCAAAGGAUGGCAGGAAGCUCUUGAUGAAGAAGAUGGAUAUUCGUGAAGGAGAGAUGAUGUCUCCUCGGCAGCGGAAGUGGGUGCACAGCCUACCCAAUGACUGGGUCACAGAAAACCCUGUUCUCUACAGGGAAAAGGAAAUAGCCAAGAAGGAGAAAGCUCAAGAGAGUGAGAACAGCAUUGCUGCCAGAGAAGUGCGGGGCCUCACAGACACCGCCGUUCCUGAGAGGAUCAGCACCAUCACCCUUCAAGGGCGAGGGGAUUACAAGAGGAGAGGCUGUGAGAGUGCUCUGGCGAGCUUUAAGGAGGAGAUCGCUCAGAUUGGGAUGGAAAUGGAACCUCUCAUCUUGGAGCCAGGAGCCCUUCUUUUAAAAAAGCUGGCUGAGUCUGACGAAGACAUCAACAAUCUCUUCGAAAAGGUGGAAAACGACAGCAACCUUGAAGAUUACACCAUCCAAACCCUGUUAGAGCUGCGGGAUCAGGUGGCCGAGAAGUUCCUGCUCCAGAAGCAGGAGAUCAAGGAGCUGGACAAGACGCUGCACUCGCUUGAGUUCUCCCGGGCAGAUAAACUAAAAAGUGUGUUGAAGAAAUAUGUGGAAAUCAUAGAGAAAACUUCCUACCUCACGCAGCCCGACGUGUACAGGCUGAUCAAUAAAGAAGCCAUGAUCAUAAACCACGCCCUGCUGGGCAACCGGAGGGCCCUCGCCCAGCUGUUUGUCAACCUGAUGGAGGCCACGCUGCAGCAGGAGCUCGAUGGCCACCGCCGCUGGCAGGGCCUGCUGGAUGCCUGGAAGGCUCUCAGGAAGGAGGACCUGGUGCAGGGUUUCAGUGAGUUCAUGGCCAGUGAAAGGAUCCAGACUCCUCCAGCUGUGAAGAUGGAGUUGGAGACCACGUUUAAGAACCAGAGCGCCCUGCAGCAAAAGCGGCUGGACCAUCUCUGCACCAUCUGUGACCUCCUGCCCCCCAAUUACAGCAAAGCUCAGCUGACUGAAUGGCGUUCUACUCUCAACUCCCUGAAUAAGCACCUCGACGCCUACCACGUGGACUGCAUGAUGCGGGUCCGCUUGCAGUAUGAGAAGACCUGGCAGGAGUGCCUGGCCCAAGUGCAGAAGUGCAAGAAGCAGCUGCUGGACUGGAAGGCCUUCACUGAGGAGGAAGCAGAGAGCCUGGUGAGCCCGUCCUUCUUCCAGAUGGUGGGAAAUCUCCAGAGCAAGGUGGAGGAGGAGCUGGAGGUGUUGGAUAAAUCCUUCGAGGCCGUGGCGAAGCAGACAGAGCGGCAGAGCUCAGGUCUCUUCAGCUAUUUCCAGGAGGCUGUGCAGCUGUGGGAGGUGCGUCGGAGCAUGCUGCCGAUGCAGGAGCUGGAGCUCGAGACGAGGAUGGAGCGGCGGCGGCAGAAGCACAGCCGCGAGAGCCAGGCCCAGGAGGCUCACCUCGAUAAGCUCUUGGACCAACUGAGGCAGCAAAGCUGUGAGAAUACCCUGAAGUUACACCUGGAAAAGGCCAAAGAUUUUCUGAAGAAUAUGAAAAGCAGGUAUGAGAGUUUUCAUGGCCUCCUGACAAAGGAAGUGAUGGAGUACCCAGCGAUCAUACUGAAGGAACUCAACUCCUACAGCUCCACCCUCAGCCAGCACUUCUGUGUUCGUGAAAUCUUUGAACAGAACUUGGAGGGUGAAGUCAUUUUCCGAUUGAGGGCACCAGAACCACAUGAAAAGCAAUUCCAGGAGAGAAUGAGAAAACUGAGGGGUAAACAGAGGCCUAAAGCAGACAUGAGCAAAGGUGAGGAAAGCGUAAGUAGGGAAACGAGUUCCCUCAGGCCAGCGGAAGAGAUAGAAGAAGAAGAAGAUCGAGAAAUCGAGUCCCCCACCACUCAAGAGGUGGUAGUAAGCCCACAGGAAAAGUCUGUACUGAGUGAAGAGAUGGAUGAGUCCAGAGAGGACUCUAUUCCGGGAUUAGAAGAAAUGCAGGUUGAAAGAGACAGCUCCUUAAAAUCACCCCCAAACCAGGCAAACAUGAUGGUUCAUGAAGAAGAAGAGGAGGAGAAGAAGGAAAAGGUGGAGGAGGAGAGGGAGGAGGAGGAGGAAGAGGAGGAAGAGGAGGAGGAGAAGGAAGAGCGUGAGAGUUCAUCUAUGGAUGAGGUCAGAGCCCAGGAAGAGAGUCUGGGAGCGGUCUCCCACGAGGAAAUGGAGUCCUUCACAACCUCCAGUGGGAACACUUACUUUGUCUUCCUGCCCCUGGAACAAGAAGAGAGUAGCAAGAGGCCCCAUUCCAACGUUUCUGACAUUCUAUUCAAUGACAGUUCCAGUGCCAAGGUCCUAGAACAAGUGAUCAUUCCGUCCAGACUAGUUUUAAAAAUUAAGAAACAGCUUCGAGCUGGCUUUUUUGAGCACUUAGAGAAGUGGUUUGACCAAUGUGCCCUCAAUGCCCGGGUCAUCGUGGCCACCAAGAUUGAUGAGCUGGAUUCAGAACUGGAGCUGCGUCUGCACCUGCACCAGCCAAGAGCCCAGCUCAUUGAAAAGGACAUCCACAACGUCAGGGCAGCUGAACUCUUGCUUCACCAAGAGCAGCUGGACAGCCACUGUGCGGGGGUGAUGGAGACGCUGAGGAAGGAGAGGAUGAUGUUCUGCCAGUUCCAAGAGGAGCAGAACAUGAGGAGCAGAAACUUCCAGCGCAAGAUUUACGACAUGGAACACAUCUUCUUGAACGCCACCAAGAGCCAGAAGCUGAUCACUCUCAGCAGCACUCUGCACCGGGAACUGCUCAGCUACGUCGACGUCUUCCAGGUGUCCCUGCGCAGCUUCCGCCAGUACCUGGAGGAGAGCCUGGGCAAGCUUCGCUACACCAACGUUGAGUUUGUCAGGCACUGCAGAUUGUUCUCAGAGGGAGGCAACUUUUCUUCUGAAGAAAUUGACUCACUGUGUCAUCGACUGGAGAAGGAAGCUGCCCGGAUAGAGUAUGUUGAAAAUUUAAUCAUGAUCAACAUGGAGAAGAUGGAGAGCGAGUACCUGGACCAGGCUAAUGAUGUCAUCAACAAGUUUGAAAGUAAAUUCCAUAACCUGUCUGUGGACCUUAUUUUCAUAGAGAAAAUCCAGCGGUUGCUGACAAAUCUACAAGUGAACAUCAAGUGCGAGGUGGCAAAAUCCAAUUUGCAAACAGAUGGAUUAAAUUCUUCUCUGGAACAGCUUCAAAGCAAGGUACAAAUGUGCCGAAGCUCAAGGGGAGAUGAAAAAAUAGUGACCACAGAAGACCUCCUUGGCCUUGUUCGAACUUGGAAAGAAAAACUGAGCCAGAGGAUUCAGUAUCUCAACUGCAAGCUGGACAUGGUAUCCGUGACUCAAGUGGUCUUUACCGACAACAUCUUGACCAACCUGGAGGUAGAGAGUGACAUCCUGGUGUCUUCAGAAGCCCAUGAAGAAGAAGCCAAGGUAGACGUGGUCACCCCCGAGUCCUUCACCCAGCCAAGCCACAUGGGGAAGUCCAUGAUUGAAGACCCAGCUGUGGAGGUGGUCAGGAGGAUCCUGCAAUUUCCUGACUCAAAAUGUCCAACCCAGCAGUGUGACAAAGAGCGGUCCCAAACAGGUAGAGGCAAACAGGUCUCAGGGCACCUGGUGGGGCAGCUGGUGGUGCCACCCAGCCCCACCUCACCUUGGAUCCUCUGUUCUUGUCCUGGGUGCUCGUCACCCAAAGGCUUGAAGCGACUCCGGAACCGGGCAGAGCACUCCGUGAAGAAGGGCUUGUCCACUGCCAGUGCCACUUUGGCAGCGAGCAUCACACGGUAUGCCAAGCCCAACAGACUAGAUAGAAAGUACCAGGUGCUCGGAGACAAGCCACCUCCUCCGGCGGAGGAUUUUAAAGGCAUCAUCCUGAGCCUCCUCUGGGAGAGCAAUGAGCACCUGCUGACCGUGGUGGAGGAGUUUUACCGCAAAGAGAAGCGCUCAAUCACCAGGCCCGACUGCAUGUACGAAACCUUUGACCAGUGCGCAGAGAACAUCUGCAGGAAGAUCCUGGAGUACCACAGCCAGGCUGAUGAGUACCACAACUCCUGCCUCAUAGAAUUACGGGCCCAGAUGAGGAGAUUUGAGGAGCUAUUGCCCCAGGUGUGUUGGCUGGUGAUGGAAAAUUUCAAGGAGCACCACUGGAAAAAAUAUUGCACCUCCACCGAAGAGAUCCGGGGACAGUUCUCGAAUUAUCAGGAACAGCUGGAGAGAAGGAAGGAUGAAAAUGCCCAGAAGCUCCACCCAAAUCUCGGACACCCCGCACAUCUCCAAGAAAUGGAGUCUCUGUGUCAAGUGGAAGAGAAAAGGCAGGAAGAUUUGGACACCUUGAUUGCGGUGACCAGGGAGCAGCUGGAGGAAUUCACCCGGAAGUACAGCCGGUUUUUCAUAGCCAGCUUGGCCACCUUCACUGAGAAGUUCCUGCUGCAGUUGGAUGAGGUGGUCACCAUUGACGAUGUCCAGGUUGCAAAGAUGGAGCCCCCGAAACAGAAAACAUCAAUCCUAAUACGGAGGAAACUCACCGGGCUGUCCCUGGAGGAAGAGAGUGAGAAGCCCCUGAUUGAACGGGGGAGCAGGAAGUGGCCGGGAAUCAAACCCACCGAAGUCACCAUCCAACACAAGAUUCUCCUCCGGAAAACACCAUCAGUCACCACCACCAAAACGACCCUGGGCCACCUGGCAUCCGUGGAAGCCCGAGAUGCUGUCUAUUUGAAAUAUUUAGCGUCAUUUGAAGAGGAGUUGAAGAAGAUCCAGGACGACAACACACUGCAGGUGAAGGAGGCUCAGCGCUGGAAGGACAGCUGGAAGCGCUCUGUGCACACCAUCCGGGGCCUGUACUUGUGACAACCUCAACCCACUCCCAAU